ACCACAGAAACUGACAGUUUCCAGGGGUGAAACCCACAACUUCACCUACAAUGGCUGACCAGAAAGGCUUGCUAGUACUGGAAAACUUCAUAGCUGGGAAAUUUGUUCCGACUUCCUCCCAUUUAGACUCCUUUGACCCAUCUACAGGGGAAGUAUAUUGUAGGGUUCCAGACAGCGGCCCAAAGGAGAUAGAAGCGGCGGUACUGGCCGCCAAAGAUGCCUUCCCUGCCUGGUCCUCCAAAAGUCCCCUGGAACGGUCUCAGAUCCUGAACAAGCUGGCCGAUCUCUUAGAACAGUCCCUGGAGGACUUCGCCCAAGCGGAAUCCAAAGACCAAGGAAAAACCAUUACAUUUGCUCGAACCGUGGACAUUCCCCGGGCAGCGUACAACUUCCGAUUCUUUGCCUCGUCGGUCCUCCACCACACCACGGAAUGCACCCAGAUGGACUCUAUGAGCUGCAUGCACUACACCGUGAGGACCCCUGUUGGAAUUGCCGGUUUGAUUAGCCCUUGGAAUCUACCACUGUACCUACUGACCUGGAAGAUUGCCCCAGCUAUCGCUAUGGGGAACACCGUCAUCGCUAAGCCCAGUGAGAUGACUUCAGUUACGGCAUGGAUGCUAUGCAAACUUUUGAAUAAAGCAGGUAUUCCUGCCGGGGUGGUGAACGUUGUCUUUGGGCGUGGACCCCAAGUGGGAGAGGCACUGGUGUCCCAUCCAGAGGUGCCCCUGAUCUCGUUCACUGGCAGCACGCUUACGGCCGAGCGCAUCAUGCAGCAGAGUGCCCCUUAUUGCAAGAAACUCUCCCUGGAACUGGGGGGCAAGAACCCCGCCAUUAUCUUUGAGGAUGCCAACCUGGACGAAUGUAUCGCCACCACUGUCCGGUCCAGCUUCGCUAACCAGGGUGAAAUCUGUCUCUGUACCAGCAGAAUAUUUGUCCAGAGGAGCAUUUACAAGGAUUUCUUGAAGAGAUUUGUAAUUGCCACCAAACAGUGGAAGGUUGGAUUGCCUUCUGACCCCGCUGCCAGCAUGGGAGCUCUGAUAAGUAAAGAACAUUUGCAGAAAGUGAGGAAUUAUGUCCGGAAGGCUCGGGAUGGAGGGGCUCAGAUUCUGUGCGGUGAAGGAGUGGAUACCUUGAACCUGCCUGUCAGAAACCAGAAAGGCUAUUUCAUGCUUCCUACUGUGAUUGCUGACAUCAAGGAUGAAUCCUCUUGCAUGCAGGAAGAGAUAUUUGGCCCUGUAACUUGUGUGGUUGCCUUUGAUACCGAAGAGGAAGUGAUUCGAAGAGCCAACAGCGUUAAGUAUGGGUUGGCGGCUACAGUAUGGUCUAGCCACGUUGACCGUGUACACCGGGUGGCUAAAAGACUGCAGUCUGGACUAGUGUGGGCCAAUUGUUGGCUCAUCAGAGAGCUUAACCUUCCUUUUGGAGGCAUGAAAGCCUCAGGUAUUGGCAGAGAAGGAAUGAAGGAUUCUUACGAGUUCUUCACGGAAGUGAAAACCAUUACCAUAAAGCACUGAUCCUUGCUUCUGGGAAAGCACCUAUAAAGAGGUAGUGACUAAAUUGCCAUAGGAGAGGAAUCAGGAAGCAGCCAAUGAUUAGAAAGAGUGGGGAGGCGGGAGGGCAGAAGGAGGUCAGUGAAAUUCUGGGACCAUAGGGCCUUGGAAAAUCGCAUUCAAAAUGAUUGACUGGAUGUCCUGUCUGAGAGGUAUGUGCACUUGGUACUGUUGACUAUCAAAAAUAAUGGGUGUACCUACCUGUGAAAAUCACAUUAAAAAUGAUUGACCAGAUUUCCUGUCGGAGAGGAAUAUAUGCCCGUUAUUUCUGAUGGCCGAAACAAUCAAGCCCACAUCUAUUGUGUAGGAUCAGCAAAUGUGAAGCCCACAUCUAUUGUGUAGGAUCAGUAGGGAACGGGUCUGCUAAUUCUGUUGUAUUGUACUCUUCCGAGCGCCUAGUACAGUGCUCUGCAAAUAGUAGGAGCUCAAUGAAUACUACUGGCUGAUUGAUCCCUAGCUGGAAUUCAAAAAUGAUAAGAAAAAAUAAAAAAAUGGAACUAUUUCCUAGUGCCCAGUUUCUUUUGGCAUUCUAUUCUUUUUAUGUGUGACAUUGAACCUCUUCCAUGGUAGGGAUGUUCUCUUUGCCUUCUUCUGUAUGGUGAUUAGUCUACUAAUCGUGAGUUAUUCUUAAAGGCCUCGUUGGUACCUGCCUUCCUUUCCAACUGAUUUCCUUGUAUUUUAGGGAAGGAACUCUCUUAUUGAUUCUUCUAGUCAAUAUGCUACAGUGAUACCUUCUGUUGAAUGAUAAAGAUCACUAAAGCUCGGAAGAGAAACGUUUCUAUAAAUGACUUAAAUUAUUGACCAUUUUAUGGGUUUGUCUUUGUGAUCUUUUGCUUAAAGGUGGGGAAUUUGUGAAUUUAUAGCAGAUUACUAUCACUCUCCUUUGCACUGGUUGUUGAAAUUAUUCAUUCGAUUAUUUUAUUUCUAGACCAAGGCUUGCCUCAACCUGAAUUCAUUUGUCUCAUCUAAAAUACAAGAAACUGUACUAGCUAGUUACCACUGCUAGAUCAAGAAUAGUUAUGCAUCUACUACCAUAGGUGGCCAUGAUAAAUGCUUAUUAGACCAUUGAGCACAGGCAUCAUUCAAGAAUAGGUUGCCAAAUCAAUUUAAAAACUAACACCUUCAAGGUAUUAGUUCAACAUAUUUGAGGUUGACAUUAAUGCGCUGUUCUUUCAUCCAGAUCAACUCUCACCCCCAUUCUUUUGGAAGGGCAUUGAGACCACUAAUCAAAAUCCGUCUUGUGGUGUUAAAACCCAUUUUCUUUAUAAUGGUAUCACAAGCAAUAAAAUUAUAACGCCAACA